CGCAUCGACUCUCAUCGACAUCCCUACAGCUCAGCGCUUUCUCUCCUACUCCAGGCCGAGCUUCCUGCGCAUUGCAUCAUGUCUGUUCCGACAAAUGCAGCCACCAAGGCCGCAACACAAUCAACCAUCAACAGGCUGACGACUUGGAUGAAGACACCCGAUUUCCGCUCCUACCUCAUGUCUACACACUUCUGGGGCCCUGUCUCCAAUUUCGGUAUUCCCCUCGCUGCAGUCCUUGAUCUCAAGAAGGACGAAGAACUCAUUAGUGGUCGUAUGACGGGUGCAUUGGUCAUUUACUCAUCUGUCUUUAUGCGCUAUGCAUUGGCAGUGACACCCAAGAACUAUCUCUUGUUUGGAUGCCAUGUCGUCAAUUUCUUCUCACAAGGCACACAGGGUGCGCGAUGGGUCAAUUACUGGUAUAUGGGUGGCCGUGAAGCUAAGAAGGGUCUAGCAUCGACUGCUUAGUUGCUCUUUGUCACCUGCUGAAGCGAUUUAUUUCCGAGUCUUUAUCUGCUAGAAUUCCUCAGCAGCAGGCUUAUCUUGCUUCACUGAGCCGUGUCUACAUGUAUGUACACUGCCCCUAUGCCAUCCUCUACCAUCC